AGCAGUCGAACAGGCAGUGAAAAUGAAAAAAAAAAACGUUUCGUGUGACACUAUAUCCGCUUGUAAAAUAAAUAAAUACAUUUAAAAAUGAUAAGGAGGGAGCAGUUCUGGGUGUGCCGCAGUACGCAUUAAAUACGAUCGGGCAAAGCUGUUUUGGGUAGAUAUAUGGUUGUGCUUUAGAAGCUUUUCAGUGCUCGCUUCUUCACAACAGUCAGUAUUUUGCACGAUGAUGGAAAUACUGAGCAUUGCACAGAGAAAACUAGGAGCGACACUUCCCUCCAUAGAGGAGUGCAAGCUGUCCUCAGUGUCCAGCCCUCCCUCUCAAACAGAGAUGGAUUCUACCAAGAUGAUCGACACCAACAGACAAUCAGAUUCAAUAACUGAUUGCAUAAGUGUUUAAGCCCCACAUCUUCCGCUGAAGACAUCAAGGUUGAAUCUGUGACGGACAGCUCUGAUUACACAGGUGUAGAUCCAGUGUCACAUUUGAACAGAUGGGAUGACAUAGAGAAGACAGCUAUGUAUUUGCUGUGCAGGGAACAAAAGGACAUACUAUUCAACAUGAAGGUGGAGGAAGAAGAUGGGGAGAGGCAGAGUGUGGAAAUGGAGAGAGACCAUGUUGUGAAAGAUGAAGAGGGACUCUGGAAGGGGGAAGAAAAAGCGAGGGAUGGACACGGGGAGGGACGUGUAACUGAUCAAGUAGCCCAAACUCAGAAUUUGGUGAAGAACGGAGUAAAACCAGAACAUGGACAACAAGAAGGGUGGGAGCUUUCUAAUCUGGUCACUUCCUGUCUGCUAAAACAGCCUAGAGUGCUGAUUCAUCGACUUGAAAUUGCCAAUAUUUCAGUUUCUGGGUCAUCACCUCUUCGUUCCAUGGCCUGUAAAAGAGAACAGCGAGCGGCAUCUCCAUGGAGACCGCAUGAGCUCUCACCACUGAGAGGAAACGGAUCACUGAGACAGAAGGGUCAGGUCAUGGCCUGGAAGAGGAAGACCAUUGGCCAGUUGGAGAGACCCCUGAAACUGCUGCCAUCUUUAUCAGAGAACGGGAUCUGUGCUGAAACCUCCCUAAUUUCUCCUGUCAUCUCCCCCAAGAAUCAUCAAAACACAGGACAAACUGUUGAGGUGUCGUCUCAGGUCUUUGCCUGCUCCCAGUGCCCAUUCGUUCAAGUGAAUCUUCACCAGCACAUUGAGAAGGUUCACCCAGAGGAGCUCAGCAGGACUCUGGUGUCUCAACAGCCUCCUAUCAGCACACAUCAGCACCCCGCUCCCCCUAAGAUGCCCCCCACUCCAACACAGUCCCACACAGGCACUCCAGGGGCCCACACGUGGUCCCAGUGUGGGAAGAGUUUUAAAUACAAAUCACAGCUGAAGACAGACAAGAAAAUGCAAAAAAAAGAGUGGAUCUAUCAGUGCUCCCAGUGUGAGAAGAGUUUUGCUUGGGCAAAUAAACUGAAGGUACAUCAGCGUACUCAUACUGGUGAACGGCCAUACCAUUGCUCCCUGUGUGGGAGGGGUUUUGCUCAGUUAAGUACUUUGAAGAAACAUCAGCGAACUCAUACAGGAGAGCUCCCAUACCAGUGCUCCCAGUGUGGGAAGGGUUUCGCUCAGUCAAGUACUUUGAAGCAACAUCAGAGCACUCAUACAGGGGAGCACCCAUACCACUGCUCCCAGUGUGACAAGAGUUUUGCUUGGGCAAAUAGACUGAAGGUACAUCAGCGAACUCAUACUGGUGAACGGCCAUACACUUGCUCCCUGUGUGGGAGGGGUUUUGCUCAGUCAAGUACUUUGAAGAAACAUCAGCGAACUCAUACAGGAGAGCUCCCAUACCACUGCUCCCAGUGUGGGAAGGGUUUCGCUCAGUCAAGUAAUUUGAAGCAACAUCAGCAAACUCAUACACGGGAGCACCUAUACCACUGUUCCCAGUGUGGGAAGGGUUUUGCUCAGUCAAGUACUUUGAAGCAACAUCAGAGCACUCAUACAGGGGAGCUCCUAUAUCACUGUGCCCAGUGUGGGAAAAGUUUUAAGUGGGCAAAUAAACUGAAGGUACAUCAGCGAACUCAUACUGGUGAACGGCCAUACAAUUGCUCCCUGUGUGGGAGGGGUUUUGCUCAGUCAAGUACUUUGAAGAAACAUCAGCGAACUCAUACAGGAGAGCUCCCAUACCAAUGCUCCCAGUGUGGGAAGGGUUUCGCUCAAUCAGGUAAUUUGAAGCAACAUCAACAAACUCAUACAGGGGAGAACCCGUACCACUGCUCCCAGUGUGGGAAGAGUUUCACUCGAUUAAGUAGCCUAAAAAUACACCAGCAAAUGUACAGUGGUAUACAAAAAUGUGGGCAUCCCUGGUCAAAAAGCCUUUUACAAUCAAUAUCUAAGUGAACAGAAGUGAACCUGACCUCUAAAUGGUACAAAGUUAAACAAUAAUGGAUGUAUUUGCUUUAAGAUUUGCGAGUGAGCUAACGUUAGCUUUAUUUGACUUAUCGUUACAGAAUGGGACUCCAACUGUAACUUUGCAGACUAUUGUAAUGGAAUUAUGUGUCCUCUUCCAAAUUUAACUUUAUAGAUUCCGUUACUGUAUUAUAUAAUGCUACGAUGGCAAGAACCAUGCAGUUGGAUGUUUAUUACAAUUAGUAAAUCGCUAGCUAGCUAACGUUAGCUCCCAUAUUGAAACUCCUCUCUCGGUCUCAGAUGCUCCGAUGUUAGACAAGCGCACCACGCUUCUUGUACAAUGGAAGCAUUCCCUUGCAAGUAUACAUAAGCAUAAUGCAGUGCUAAAAAUCAUGUAAGUGUUCAUUAAAGCAAAGUUUCUUUGUACAGUAGGCUAGCUAUGCAUUGCUAGCUAGCUACAUUCACACAGUUUGACCCAAGUUCUGAAAUGUCUGUUCGAUCCAUUUUUUUCCCGACCUGGGUGUAUUUUGGUUGAGGCCUAACUUUUUGUGUAAAGGAUUUUCGUUAAUUGUUUGAUUUUGAGUAAAUAAAUGGCAAUUGCCCUUA